GUCGAAGAAGCGGUCUUUUCUAAAAUCUAGGUCGAAAUGGUAGUCCUCACUAUCUAAUGCUCCGUCUUUAGAAUGGAGGAGGAAAACAAUGACCAGUCAUAUGACUCAGAUGAGUCGGACGAUUACAAUUAUAUGGAGCCGGAAUAUGAUGUGGAUGGGGAAAGGUUUUGUUCCGACAGACUUCAUCCUGAGUCUUUUCUGUACAAAGCCUUUGAAAGGAAUGAGGUUGAAAUUUUUUUGAACAGCACAGUUGAUGCCCUGUGUAACCUAAUCAAUGUAUGUUUUAUUUUGCGCGUUGCUCAAACUUGGAAAGGUUGCCAAAAAAUAUGUUGAAUGGUCAUUGGAUAUCAUUGACAACAUAAUUUACAGGAUUUUAAUUUUACAGAUAGUAUCAUCCCAGAGAAAUGUUAUGCUUCUGACAUACAACAGCUCGUCACUGUGAAAUCCUUAGUAGACAAUAGAACUUCCUCUGGGUCCUAGUUACGUGGUCUAUUUAAAUUUCGUAGCUCUCAUUAGUGUAUAGCAUACCACAGUAAUCUGACAUACAAUUUAUUUUACUGAGUUUCGUCGUAGGCCCAUGUGUUUUUGCCUUAAUAACUUUUAAUUUAUAGUUUUCGUUUAAAAUGACCUAUUGUUUUUGACUGUAUCAUGUUUAUUACAGGCUUACGUUGUGUCAAUCGAAAACGUCAAUUUUUCAAAGUUACAUGGACCUGUUUUGUAUCAACAAUAUUUUAACCUCCUCAGUCUCAGUGAGACUUAUGAAAUUAUUCAUGGGUCCUAUAACUAUAUACUCAAACGGAAUAAAACGUUAUGAUUGCCUCGAUUAGUUUUAGAAGUUGCCUUGGCGUAGAGGUUGGUAGUUUUGAAUGUUUAACAGGCUACAAGGUGGAUGACAGCAUUGUAACCUACUUCAGUACUAAAGUCGGCUGUUUUUUCGUCCUCACGAUCGGAUUAUCCAAAUCUGACAAAACAGAAAUCUGAUAGCUUACCAAGUUUAAUUAAACUAAUUGAAAUGUCACGCAAUGUUCCAUUAUUAGGAUUUGACCACCUCAACCGUCUUCAAUAAGACUUACACGUGUUACUCGUCAUGGGGAAAAAUAGACCGCUCACCAGCAUUCUCCCAUCCAACUCUAUCCUAGGUACCACCAGCCAUAGCUCGUUUGCUGUUACAUAAUAAUAAAUGGGAUGUGGAGGCAAUCAAGAAAAGGUUCUUGACCCAUCCUUUGGUCACGUUAAUUAGUCACAAUAUACUCCCAAAUCUUAGUAUACAAUCCAGCUCCAGUGAUAGUCAAGCAGUAAUGGCUACUAUUCACGCGAUUCAAAAUUUCAAUUUUCAAGUAGCCCCAUACAUAUUUCCUCCAAAAAUUACUCCAGAUUCCUGUUGUGAAAUAUGUUAUACAGUCCCAUCAAAUAAGACGGACAAUCCAGUUAAUAUAUUCAAUGAAUCAGAUUUACAACUGCUUCAUAGUCCAACUCCUUCAAAACAAGGGAAUUCAAAAAAUGGCACUUCGUCUUUUCCCUCUGGCAUAACUCCUUUUCCCUCUUCUAAUUCUUCUUCUUCCACAACAACAGCAACAGCAGCAGCAGCAGCAACAACAACAACAACAACAACAACUACUACUACUACUACUACUACUAAUAAUAAUAAUAAUAAUAAUAUCUACAACACUGUCUUGGAUGUUUGGUCAUAUAACCCUCAUGAUAAAAGUUGUGACUUCCUGACCAGUAAUAAAAUGAAUGGUCUCUACGGUCUCUCUUGUGGACAUAGAUUUUGUCCAGAUUGCUGGCGUUCAUAUUUAACAAUUAAAAUAGAAGAAGGUUCUAGUAUUGAAAUUAAAUGUAUGUCGGUUGGAUGUAAUGUUUUAGUGAUCGAAGAUUUCCUUUUAACACUGUUGAAAAAUCCGACUGUGAAAGACAAAUAUUUGAAUCUGUUGUUUCAACGUAUGGUUGAGAGUCAUCCAUCAUUACGUUUUUGUGUCGGUUUGAGUUGUCCUGUUUUGAUUUGUGCACUUGAAGAACCAAAAGCACGGCGUGUUCAGUGCGAGCGGUGCCAUGCAGAGUUCUGUUUUAUGUGCUCAGAAGCGUAUCAUGCUCCAACUAGUUGUGCAACUCUAAAGCACUGGCUUGUUAAGUGUCGAGAUGAUUCAGGAACAGCGAAUUAUAUGACAGCUCAUACAAAAGAUUGUCCAUCAUGUCAUGUGUGUAUCGAGAAAAAUGAAGGUUGCAAUCAUAUGAAAUGCUCAAUUUGUCACUACGAAUUCUGUUGGGUGUGUUUAGGCGUUUGGAAAUCACACGAUGCAGAAUACUACUUUUGUAGCAAAUAUCAAGAGAAUCCAGAUUCUGCAAAAGAAUCCGUACGAACACGUGCACGUGAAUCUCUGGAACGCUAUAUGUUUUAUUAUGAACGAUGGGAAAAUCAUGAACGUAGUUUACGAUUGGAACAUGAUCAACGAGCACGUAUUCAAACGCGUAUUAAUGAAAAAGUUUUGAAAAAAGAAGGUACAUGGAUUGAUUGGCAAUAUUUGCUACUCGCUGCAGAUACAUUAAGAAAUUGUCGAUAUACUUUAAAGUAUACUUAUCCUCAUGCAUUUUAUGGUGAAAAAUUGGAACGUAAAGAGUUAUUUGAAUAUCAGCAAGCCUUACUAGAAGCGGAAGUAGAAGACUUAUCAUGGAAAAUAGAACAUGCUGAAAUCACAGAUCGAGCAGAUUUACAAAAUAAAAUGGAUAUUUGUGAGAAGCAUCGUUUAACUUUGUUACAAGAAUUUCUAACUAAUUAAAUCAUGUUCUCAUUUCUUUUGUUUUUUUUUUCUAAUUCAGAAGAAUUAUUUAUUUAUUACUUUUAUGUUAGUGAUCUAUAAGAUUUCAUUUAACUUUUUUUCUGUUACCUAUCUACCUACCUAGACGAGACAAUGACACAAUAGCGAUGUUAAUGAUUACAUAGCAUCGUUUUUUGUCCAAAAUUUUAGUCUUAUCCUUUUAAUUACACACAGCCACACUUCUGUUAAUAUUUCUAGAACAAUAUUCAUUAGUCUUCAUGAUAGUGUCCUUUCUCUACUUAUUUUCACUCUUGAGUGCAAAUAGACUCAUUGAGACACAUUGAAUCUUGGCUUCUGAUUUUACAGCGUGUGGUAUUUGCCAGUUUUGUCUAUGUCUUUAUAUUUUACUAUAAAUGAUAAUUUAUUCUUCACCAGCUUUACUGACUGUGUCAUUUUAAUCAUUAACUUUGAUUAUUCUUCUGAGAUCUACUUAUUGUAAAUCUUGCUCUUUGAUAUUCGUUUAUCAUAUUCUUUCGUAUAAAUUUUUGGGUAAUCGUUAUAGUCCUUUUUUUGUAGCCUUUAUAUUUCCUUAAAAUGAGUUAUAUAUUUGUCUUAGGG